AUGUCACCCAGCAAAACCCCAACCCCAACUUCAACCCCAGACCCAGACCCAGACCCAGACCCCCUUGACCCAAUCUCCAUAUGGCGCGCCUGGCAAACCUUCACAAUAAUCUACACAAUCCAACUAAACCGCCAAAUCCACCGGCGCUGGCUCCUCGAACAACAAUGCAUGCAAGAUAAACCCCUCCACAAACGCUUCCGACCCUUGAUCUUCCUCGAACCAGUCCCAACCCUCCAAAAGCCCGAUACAAAUCCAACCCCAACAAAGCACGCAGCCAACAACCCCUUCGACCCAUCGACAAUGAACAAAAUCCGCGCAAAAGCCGCUCUUCUCCGCUCGCGCGUCGAAAAGGGAAAGGAAAUCGCAUCCGAGAUCGAGCGGCGUAUGGUCCAGUAUCCGCCGAUCAGGUAUCCGACGCAUUUCUGUCAUACUUGUGUCCAGGACGGGGAGAUGGUUGAGGUCUUGCUUACAAAGUGUGGACAUCGGGUAUGUAGGACUUGUCUUGAGUUUGGAGUCAAUGGGGAGGGGGUGUAUGAGUGUAGUAUUUGUUUUGUGCCGACGGGGUUUGUGGCGCGGAGUCAGGUGGGAUUGGAGAGGGAUUAUUCUGCGGAGGAUUCUUCGAUUUUGAAGGGGCAUAAGGGUGAUGGAGAUGGGGAAUGGGAAUUGAGUGAGGUUUUAUUCGCUGAUUAUUAA